AAACAUUCGACUGGCGGUAAAAACUUUCUUCACGUGCUGCAGGCGGUGACCACGUGGCCGAGUUGCUUUAAACAUAAACAAGAGCGAUUCAUCUGGUAGUUUGAGGUGUCCAGUCAAUUCCUCCUGUGCAAUUGUGCAGUCGUUAUGGCAACCACGCCUCACACUGACGUUGGAGAGCCCAAGUGUGGUCCCAGUGAGCGUCUGAUCCAUUUAUUCAGGAAGUGCCCAAAUGAUCCGACAGAGAAAACGGAGGAGAGACUGAGCCACAUGCUGGAUGUGUUUCUGCAGCACCAGAUCAGGGAGAACAAGGACGCCAGAGGGCUGGCAGAGAAGUGCUGCCGCCUGACCAGGGAGCGCUACUACCAGAUCUUGGAGCCUCUUCUCAGGCGAGAGGAUAAAAUAAAGGGUGUCAGUGGCGUCUCGAUGACCUUAGAGGAGGAUCUUUUCCAACGCCAUCUGGUGACCUGCUGUCUGGAGAUCUCUGUAAGAUCCGCCCAAAUGCCAAGCAGCUUCUCCACGCUUCUGCAGAUCUUCCAACUACCAGCACACUCCUUCCCAAAAAUGAUUGGACAGGUGGUGGGCGGACUUGGCCUUUUACAUCCUGUGGCCAAAAUGCUUUUACAAGUGGAAACAGACAUUUUGGAGAGCUUUGCCUGGGCCAGGAACUCAAAGCUGUGGGAGGACGUCAAAGCCAAGGGCCCCGUACCAACCUGGGAGCAGGUGAGGCCUCUGACGCAGCAGGAAGAUCCCCCGCCGAGAACAGAGUCUGAUCAACCAGCAGAACACGGUGAGAUGAACGACCUUUUACAGAAUAGCUCGUCUCCCAGCGUGCAGCGGGGUUCCUCCUCUGCCAUGAGCAAAGCUGAGAGAUACAACAGCUUCAAAGUAUUUUUUUCCAGGUUUUAUGUUUUGAUGGAGAUGCGUCUGAAGGAGCGGUGUUCUGAGCUGGGCAUCUCCGAGGACCUGAAGCACAACAUCUGGACGUGUCUGGAGCACGCCUUAGUCCAGCACACGAACCUCCUGGAGAACCGCGACCUGGACCAGCUGCUGCUCUGUGCCAUCUACGACACGGCCAAGAUAACCCAGAGAAAGUUGAUCUUCGACGACGUCGUGAACUGCUUCAAGUCUGAGCCAAAUCCCAGCAAAAGUAUAAGCCAGACCGAGCUGACGCUUGACGAUGUGAUAACCUGCUACACGUCUCAGCCAGAUCCCAACAAAGCCAACUGUGACGACAAGCUGAUCCCAGGGAGCGUUGGGAAAACACUUCCCACUGAAAUCAACGAUAAUGGAGACCACACAUAUGGCAUUCUGACCCCCAACACGCCAUCAGGAGAUGGGGAGAGAGGUGCUCUCAUUCAUUUUUACCAUGACUACAGCACACGAAUGCAGCAGUUCACCAAGCGCUUUGCACCAAACUCUGGGGGAGAAACUCCUCCGCUGUCCCCAUACCCCCAGCCGCAGAAAGGACCCCCGAGGAGUUACCCCCUUCCCGGCCACAAAAACAUCAAGGUCUCGUUGCUGGACAGGAAAAGCACCCCAACUUAUGAUAGCCCAAUCAUCUACGCAUUCAAGUCCAGCCCCCCAGAGUUUUUGCGUACGAUCAACAACAAGAUGAAAUCCGUUGCCUCACGCAGCAGCCCACGCCGUGGUCUCAAAUUUGACAAAGAGGAGCUGGCAGACGAUGGACCUCCGUCCAAGAAGCCGCGCCCGGUCCUGCAGAGACGUCUGUGGAACGUGGACAACGAUCGCAAAAGAGCGAAGAACCAGAGCCAAGCUCAGCCGUCUCCGCCUGAAGAUCCGGAUACAGAGUUGUAG